AUGUUUGAUAAAAAAAAAUUCCUUAUAAGUUCAAUAUCUAUAACAUUGUUAAUAUUUACUAUAUUUCACAAUGUUGAAAAUGUGAUUCAAACAAGAAGAUUUUUGUCAGAAGAUGAGAGAUUAAAUGAUCUAACAGAACAUAAAAAUGAGGAAGAACACAGAAGUGUAAGAAGAACAUAUUCCCCCACAGAGAUUGACUUUUGGAUUUGUUUACUUAUAGCUGCAAGUUUAAAUAUAUUUCACAAUAUUAGCAUUAAUCGGUUUGGCAGCCGUCUGCUCUGGAAUGACGGUAGGUUAUUUAUCAGUUGAUGAAUUACAAUUAGAAAUUUAUAAAGAAUAAGGAACACAUGAAUAACAAAGGUAAGCAAAUAUUAUUUUACCAAUCAUAAAAUAGCAUCAUAUGCUUCUUUGUACAUUACUUAUAGGAAAUGCAUUCUGUAUGGAAUCACUUCCUAUAUUUUUUGAUAAAGUUGUUCCUCCAGCAUUUGCAGUUUUAAUAUCAGUCAUCUUUAUUAUCUUUGCUGGAGAAAUUAUUCCAUAAGCAUUAUGUACUGGACCAAAAUAAUUAAUUAUUGCUGAAAAAUUAACACCAAUAGUUAAAGUAUUAAUGAUUCUAUUCUGGCCAAUCAGUUAUCCUUUGGCUAAAAUGUUGGAUUCCUAUUUUGGUGAGCAUGGAUCUACUAGAUUCCAAAAGAAUGAAUUAAAAGCAUUAAUAGAGUUGCAUGGAAUACAAAAACAUGCUACAGGAGGUGGUCAUGCAAGUGAUGAUUAAGGAUUCACUUAAGCAGAAAUAAAUAUGAUUACUUCCACUAUUGAUUUGAGAGAUAAAACUGUUGAAUAAGUCAUGAUACCUAUUAAAGAUGUUUUCUCUGUUAACAAAAAUAAUGAACUUAAUAAAGAAACUUUAGCAAGAAUAGCAUCAUCUGGAUAUUCUUAUGUUACCAUUUAUGAAAAUUAAAAGGAAAAUAUUAUUGGAACUAUUAGAUCAAAAUAGUUAAUUGAUAUGGAAUUAACUAAAAGAAAGAUAUCAGAAUUAGAUAACCUUGUUAGACCUGUUCUAUUUAUCUAAAAUGACACUUCUUUAUUUGAAAUGUUAAUGAUAUUUAAAUAAAAAAAAACUAAAAUUGCAUUUGUAGUCGAGGCUAAUAAAAUCGAAUAAACUAAUACUUCAAGAAUUCCUAAUUAUUAAAUUGUUGAUGAAAAAAUAUCAAAAAAAAUUAUAGGAUUGAUCUCCUUGAAAAUGCUAUUUGAAGAAAUUGUAAAGAAAGAGUUUCAUGAUUAAGAUAAUCAUAUCAAGUUUAAUUCAGUAUUAUCAUUUUUAUUACAUUUUAGUUAAAACCCCAUUAAAUAUAACCAAUUGGUAAAUCAUAAAACAAAAUACUUAUUGAGCCAGAGGAAAAAAAUUGA